UUCUAAUUCUAUUAAAAUUAUGUAGCCACCUUAACCACCUAAAGUCCCUCCAUAACCAUAGAAAGUCAUGUGUGACUAAAAAAAAGAUUAAGAGGCAAAAUAUGUUGGUUUCCCAUAUUAAAAGCCUCCCAUGUUCAUGUCAAAAAAAUACUUUAAAAAGGAAGUAGAAAGCAACAAGAAAUUGCUUUAUUUUAAAUUAGAAGAUGUAAAUUAUUUACUUAUAUUUAUUAGAUUACAAAAGAUUGGUAAAAUGCAUUUCUUUACUUUGAUAGAGAUUAUCUUAAUCCCUUAAAUUAUUAUUGUAAAUAUAUAAAAGAUUAAAGCUUUUUUGUUACCGAGGAGGAGAUAGAUUAAGUAUAAAAUAUAAAUAAUUAAAGGCUAUUGACAAACUUUAGGAGGAAAUUCUUUUCAAAACAGAUUAAAUGAGAGAAGAAUUAAAGAAAUAAUUAGCUGAACACUAAAAAUAUUAUAAAGAGAAGGUAUUAACUUACAAUUAGCCUUAUUCAAAAAUAUAAAAUAGCUACGAAAAUUUUGUUAACUGUUUGUUAACACACAAAUAUGAUAAUUUACAAUCUCAAUAAAAUUUAAAAAAAUCAGUGACUGACUUAGGGAAUAUAAUAACUAAAAGUCUGGGGGUCUCGGAAUUCAAGCAAGAUCCAAUUGUUGAGAAAACAGACAACUUGAGGAAAAACUAAACUAAAUUGUAAAAAAUAAAUAUAUUUUCUAAGUAUCAAUAAAAAUAUAUGGGACCAUUAUUAAAAUAAGAUUUUAAGUGAAUUAAAAUCUUUACAAGAUAAUUAUAUUUCUCAUAAUUCCUUUACAGAAACAUCAAUUCCAAAUUAGGAUUACAUAUUUGAAAUCUUCUAAAAAAUUAAAGAGGAUAAAGAAUACAAAGAUAAUCCUUCAUAUUUACGACAUGAAUUAAAAGAUAAAUUAGUAAUGUUAUUCAAAACUACAAAUUAAGGGUUAUUCAAAGAACUUUAGAACCAAAAAGAAGAUUUGAAAAAUAAUAUUACAAUUGCUUUAAUAAAAACUUCUACAGAUUAAGUAAAAUUAAUUAUAAUUAAACUAGUCGAUUGGAUUUUAUCAUAAUGGAAAACGCAAAGAAACUUCACUUUUAUUUAGCCUUACGAAAAGAAUCGCUUUCAAUGUUAAAGCUAAUCAAGAGCUAAAAAUUGCAGAUGAUGAACAUGCAAAAAUUUCCUUACAAUUUGGUAGAGAUUUAGUUAUUCCAAAUGACUUUAAGGAUUGUACUUCUCAAUUAGGAGAUGCAUUUGACCUUAGAGGAGAAGGAGAAAAAAUAGGUAAUUUAGAAGAAUUUCUUGGAAAUGGAAUUCAUUUCGAUAUUGAAUACUUUGAACUUUAUAAAGUAAAUGAUCCAGAUCUUGCAAAACAACCCCUACGCCAAACCUAUAACCAACCCCCAAACACAAUGCCAUUCCAACCCCCAUACCAAUACCCACCACCACCAGGCUCUAAACCUUGAUUGUUAUAUUUAAAGCAACAUAUAUAUUAAUCUG